AUGGCCCUUUGCUCGCUACGGCACCGGCUGCCGCUGCCGCUGCCGCUGCCGCUCCUCCUUGCCGUCUUGUUUGCCGCUUCCCGUGGCGAUCCUUCCGGCGACGACUACAACCCCUCCAUAUGCCAGCUGCAACCAUACACAUGCGGCAAAGUGAAUAUCAGAUACCCGUUCUAUCUUUCCGGCCAGACGGCAGAUGUCCUGGGCAACAACAACUCCUCCUGCGGGUACCCUGGGCUGGCCAUCGACUGUGUGGACGACAAGUAUCCCACCAUGCAACUCGGCAGCAGCAGCAACACAGCCUACUCCUACAACGUGACGGGCAUCGACUACUCCAACUCCACCAUCUCCCUCGCCGACCCGGAUGUCCUUGAUGAUGAGAGCUGCCCAUGGGUCGACCACAACGUCACCGUUUCGCCAACGCCAACCUUGUGGCUGAACCUGUCGGAGUGCACCGUUGGUUACCUCUUCUUCGCCAACUGCUCCAUCAACACUCUCUCUGUCCCUGGACAACCUACCAUCCAGCCGAUCGCAUGUGCAAGUUAUGGUGUAGAUGGUUAUUCUUUUGUGAUUCCUUCGGAGGUGCCCCACCAAACUUUAUCACGGGAGUGCAAGCAAGUUAUCCAAGUGCCGGUGAUUCAGAACGCCUCACUGAAGAUCGAUCAGCAAUGGAGCACCAACGGGUACGGCAACGCUCUUAACCAGGGUUUCCAGUUGGAAUGGAAUUCAAGCCGGAGGUCCGACCGGUGUGCCAAGUGCGAGGUAUCCAAUGGAAGUUGUGCAUACAACAGAGAUGGGGAAUUCGUAGCUUGCCUCUGCACCAACGGGCGAGUGAGCGACCAUGAAUGCACCAAAGGAUCAAAACGGAAAACACCAAUUAUUGCUGUUAUUCUCAAAUUCUUCUCUGCUUCUAAAGAUGGUUUGCUGCCCUUCAAAUCGAAGGAUGAACCAAGUGUUGAGUCAUUUCUACGAAAGAACCUACGUCCAAAAAGAUACACUUAUGCAUAUGUGAAAAGGAUGACAAAAUCCUUUACUGUGAAGCUAGGCCAAGGUGGAUUUGGUGCUGUAUACGGAGGUAAGCUCUACGAUGGCCGCCAGGUAGCAGUUAAGAUGCUAAAGGACACCAAAGGUGAUGGAGAGGAAUUUAUGAACGAGGUGGCUAGUAUUAGCAGAACUUCUCAUGUCAAUGUUGUGACACUUUUAGGAUUUUGCAUACAAGGAUCCAAAAGGGCACUUAUUUACGAGUACAUGCCUAAUGGUUCGCUCGAAAGGUACGCCUUCAAUAGCAACAUGAAUAGUGGAAAUUCACUAAGUUGGGAGAAAUUAUUUGACAUAGCAAUUGGCACGGCCAGAGGACUUGAAUAUCUCCACCGGGGAUGCAAUACUCGAAUCGUGCAUUUUGACAUCAAACCACAUAACAUUCUAUUAGAUCAGGAUUUCUGUCCUAAGAUCUCUGACUUUGGAUUGGCCAAGCUAUACCUGAAUAAAGAGAGUGCUAUCUCCAUUGCUGGUGCAAGAGGGACAAUAGGUUAUAUUGCCCCAGAGGUUUACUCAAAGCAAUUCGAAAUAAUAAAUAGCAAGUCUGAUGUGUAUAGUUAUGGAAUGAUGGUCCUUGAGAUGGUUGGGGCAAGGGACAGGAAUACAAGUGGAAAUAGUGAAUCUAGUAGUCAAUAUUUCCCUCAGUGGAUUUAUGAACAUUUGGAUGACUACUGUAUUAGUGCUUCUAAGAUUAAUGGUGAGAUGACAGAGCUCGUGAGAAAGAUGAUAGUGGUUGGUUUGUGGUGCAUACAAGUGAUUCCGACUGAUCGGCCAACAAUGACUAGAGUCGUGGAGAUGCUGGAAGGAAGCACAAGUAAUCUGGAAUUGCCACCCAAAGUUCUCUUGAGCUGA